CCAAUUAGUUGCUCACUGCACCGCACCGCACCACACCACACCACAAGUACACACAACACUGAACUGUAUCUAAUCUAUGGCGAAUUCUUCCGUAGACGCGAAGCUGAAAUCGCCGAUCGUCGACGAAAGCAGCGACGACGAGAAGAAGGAAGCAGCAACUGACGACGAUCUCGGUCUCUCGUUGGACAAGCUCUCUCUAGGUCCGAAGAAGAAGCUUCUGGUGCUCUGCUUCGGAGGUCUGCUGGUGCACAGAGUCCACGUGAGGGAUAAGCGGACAGUCCGAGGCCUCCGCGCGGAUGUGGUGUACGGAAAAUUUUUAGUGUUUAAGAGGCCGUUCUGCACUGAUUUUCUGAAAUUCUGCUUUGAGCGUUUUGAUGUUGCGCUGUGGUCCUCCGCGAGAGAACACAACAUUGGAGGUGUUCUGAGCAGCAUUACCGGUGGAGAGGGGAACAAAUUCGUUUUUGUUUGGGGUCAAUCUGAGUGCAGUGAUUCUGGAUCAUACUGCCUUCACAAGGAAGAAAAGCCUCUGUUCGUGAAGGAACUGAAACGCAUCUGGGAAAACAAAAACUUCAAAGGCAAAUAUUCUGCUGCCAAUACGCUCUUAAUCGACGACGAACCUCACACCUCUCUUCUCAAUCCGCCAAACACGGCGAUCUUCCCAUCUCCAUAUAAGAGCCACAACAUUCGCGACACAGUUUUGGGUCCGAAUGGGGAGCUGAGAAAGUACCUGGAUGGGCUGGUGGACGCAAAGGAUGUCCCGAGCUACGUUAAGGAACAUUCCAUCGCGGGGCAGGCUGCCAUCACUGCGGAGCACCCUGAUUGGACCUAUUAUGAAAACGUUAUUGCUGAUUUUGGGAAGACCUAUAGUUCUGGCGGUUAUUCCGACUGACCCCGUACCCCUGGGCCACUUCUCUCUCCCCUCUCUCUCUAUAUUUAUAUAUUUUUAUGUAUGCCUGGUCUGAUUAUGUCGUGAAACUGGUUGUAAUUUUCUUUUGCAUCUUGUUUUUUGCAGUUAUAUAAAAGAUGGGUUAACUUAUAUAACACCGAUUGUGUUUUACUC